AUGCCUCGAUUCGAGUUUCCCCUCACUGGCUUGCGAAAAUUUAAAUUAGAUAAAUCCUCUCCAUUCUAUGCCUCGGAUCGAAAGAUUUUAAAAUCAAAAGCAACCCAACAAUUGACAGAAUUAUUGGAACGAUUCAAUUAUAUAUUGAUAUUGAAAAUUUCGGGAGUGGAACAAACUGAAAUUCAACAAUUAAAAAGUGCCUUCUCCGAUCAUUGCGAAUUAUAUUCAGAAUUUUAUGUUGGAAAACAUUCUCUCACUCGAUUGGCAAUUGAUGAAUUCAUCCAACGGAUUAUGGUAAAGAAUGAAAAUAGAGAUCAUGUUAUCGAUACUAAUAAUUCAUCAUUUCAAAUACAUUCAUCAUCAACAUCACAUCAGAAAGAUCAAGAACAACUUAUUUCAGCUCUUAAACAAUUUAAAGAAUUACUUGUUGGAGAAAUUGCAUUAUUAUUUACCAAUUGUGAGGAUUUUUCUGCGUUGAAAAAAGUAAUGUCCAAACAUUUGAGCGUGAAAGCAGCUCGAGUUGGGACUGUUAUGAAAGAGGAUGUCUAUUUUCAAGGGUCUACCGGAUUGGAUCCUCGUUUCAUGAAUGUUUUUCACAUCAACAAUAUUUAUCCAAAGAUCAGAAUGGGACAGAUUGAAUUCGAGCGGAAGGAAAAACUCCUUAAAGCUCGAGAAGUUUGUACCAUUCAAAAAAUCAGAAUGUUAAACAUGUUAAAAUUGAAAGUAGUUCAUGACCAAGUAGAACCUUUGUAUUUGUUUAGUAAGAAUGAUGCAUUUGUUGUCAAUACUGAAAUUUUGGAACGUGAUUGGUUUGAGAAUUGUGUGGAGAGCGCCAAUCAAAUAACAGCUCUUUCAAUGGAAUGUUCGCUUGUGAACGAGCUCACAAUCAUUGCUGAUAUUAAGAAGGGAAUAUUCGAUUUGGUAGCACUGGACACCGAAACCCAGUGUGAAAUGCGUUACAUGAUUCGAAAAGUGACACCGCCCGCUAAUGAUGAUGACUCGGAGAGUGAGGAUGACCAAAAUCUUUUUGAGUCUGAACCAGAAUUUGACUUGUUGGAUCUAUUUUCUUAA